ACAAAAUUCUGUAAACUCAUUCACCUCCGGCAGUGGAAAUCCUGUUCAGUGAAAUCGCGAUUAUUCUCUAACAUUACUAGCAACAACUCACCGCUCUACGUGCGAAAGAUGUACGCCCCAGGAGGUAAUCAAGCAUUUGUUGGAGGCCCGUUCUGGAGCAACGGGCCAGCACCGGGUGCGUUCUACAAUUUCCCAGGUGGAGCUGCUGGUGUCCAGAGCGGGAUGCAAGCACAAACAGAAACUCCCGGCCAGUUCGGAACCCAGCGAUCCUACCAACCAGUCACUACCGGAUCGUCCGUGGUGGGGCUCAUGUUCCAGGAUGGUGUUGUGAUUGCUGCCGACAAGCUGAUUUCGUACGGUUCACUGGCCCGGUUCCACGAUGUUGAUCGUGUGUAUCGCGUUAACGAUAAGACGAUCCUCGGUAUCGGGGGCGAUUUCGCCGAUUUCCAGUACAUCAAGCGACACAUCGACCAGAAAGUUAUCGACGAUCAGUGUCUGGAUGAUAAGAACGAGUUGAAACCGCGCUCCUUCUAUAACUGGCUCACGCGCGUCAUGUACAACCGCCGUUCGGACUUCAAUCCCCUGUAUCUCGAUCUCGUGAUCGGUGGCAUGCAGGACGGUGAACCAUUCCUUGGGCACGUCAAUCUACGGGGCCGCUCGUACACUAGCAACGUGGUCGCAACUGGCUAUGGUACCCAUCUGGCACUGCCGCUAUUGCGCGAGUAUUCGGAAAAUCCGGCCGCCUACCAGACACUGAAGCAACCGCAGGCCACCGAUCUGAUGAAGCGUGUUAUGGAGGUACUGUGGUACCGAGAUUGCCGCAGUGAUCCCAAGUACUCGCAGGCCAUCUGCACGACAGCCGGUGUACAGCUCGAUGCCGAUUGCUUCGUAGCGCAAAACUGGGACCUGGCGCACACGAUCAAGGGCUACUAAGAUGUGGUCGAUGCAGGGCCAUCGAAGGAUACUUUUUUCCGUUCCUCAAUAAAUGCAAACUCUUCUAAUUAAACCGGA